CGCCCCUCUGUCCGUCCGUCAGUCAGUCAGUCAGUCAGUCUGUCCGUUCACCUCUCCGUGGGCGGGCUCGGUGGGUGUAAGCCUCGCCUCAACGGGCACUGCUGUCUUUAUACCUUGGCGCUGGGAAAGCUGCCGGUGCUCCCCAGUUUUAGAUUGCAAUGCAUAUUAUGAGGUGGAGCUUGGAUAAAAUUUCAAGGUCUGCAUUGAAAGAGCUUAUACUAGUUGUAGAUCUUUAAGUGCAUCUAUGGAGUUAUUAACACCAGAGCCAUGUUUGCCAAAGGUUGAUUCACCUGUCAGUCUGGGUGGUAGUCAUCAAAGAAAUUUAGAAGACUGCUCUCCAGAAAAAAGCAAAGGUGAUGGCAGAGGGAAAUCUGAUACCAAGGAAGUAAGAACAGAUCAGCAAACCUCAGUGGAGAGUGUGUCCUUUUUUCAGGAGUGUGUGCUGAAUCCCAAUGAGUCAGGAUGUGUCUCUAAUUCAGAUUCUGGAGAUGAUAGCACUGAAACACAGACUUCGAAAUUCUGUGAACCUUCCCAAGGAAAAACAACAGACUCUUCCAAGUUAGAAGAUUCUGAAGAGACAGAAGGAGAUCCUCAGAUUCAAGUAGCCAUAAGGAAAAUGAAAAAGCUUGAUACAGUACUGGCAAAAAAACAUUUUAAGGAAAGCACAAUUAAAAAACAAGGCAAAGAAAUGAGAACAAAGCUCUGGAAAGAACUUCAGUCUGACAAUAGCACUGGAAGCCAUGAAGAGAUAGAAAACACAAAACUUUUCUUAAAUUUGAUCUCAUCUUGGCAGGAUACAGCUGAUCCAUUCCAUGUUAAAGAAGAUGAAAUAUGUACUUCAGUAUUUCACACACAAAUUAAUCCAGCAGAUUAUGACUGCCAUAAAACCCAACAUAAUAAAGAUUAUUCAAGUGAAAUAGAAACAAAUGAAUUUCAUCAAGCAGAAAAAACACAGAAUAAAAGUAAAAACAAUCAGGAUUUCAUUAAAAAGAAUAUUGAGCUAGCAAAGGAUUCAGGAAACCAGAUAGCUAUGCUUGAAGGAGAAAGGAAAAGGUUAAGUGAACUAUUGAAAGAUACAGAAGAUGGAAGUGAAUUGCAAGAUCUUGAGGAUGAUGAAUCUGUCUGGCUAGCACCAGGAGAAGGGUACACACCUGAACCGAUGGAAUUUCACCACCUAAAUGAGAUAGACAUUAAGCUUCAAAUACUGCUAUCUGAUGGCGAUUUUUCUGCAAUUUCGGGCUCUUACUCCAAAUCUCCAAGCCAGAUUUAUCAGGAGUCUCUGGUUUAUGCAAACAGAACCCUAGAAGCAGUUCCAGGUGAGAAAGUUCUACGAGACAAUAAGGAACAUCGUGAUCAACAAAACCGUCUGAAAGAGAUAGAUCAUCAACUGAAAUCUCUACAGGGAAAUUUUUUUUCAACUAUUAAGGAAGAGUCUGCUACUUGUUUCUACCAGAAUGUGUAGAAGAAAACUGAGAAGCAGCUCGCGUCCCAUUCUUCUCAGCCGCUUUUGAACAAAGGAAGUCUUUUGUCUGUUUUAUCCUUCAGCCGCUAUAUUUGUUCCCAUUCUCUUUCCCAAUGUCUUCCAUAUAAUCUCAUUUUAUUCUCUAGAGCUGACCUUUCUUUCUUUGCUUUUUCUCCUAUGUAUUAUGGUGUUUGCCAUCUUAAAAUAGCAAACAAACCAUCUUUGAUUACUCACCCCUCUCUAAAUUCAUUGUAGUGCUAUUUAUAGCCAUUGUCCGAAGCCUCCUCCAGUUUCAUAUCCCUGACAUAAUUUAAAUUUAACUGUAGCUAUGCUACUUUCCUAGUUAUCUUCAUUUUUCAUAUUCCAUUUUUAUAAAUGGAAUUUUACACCAUCAAAUGGGUUGUUACUGGAAACGUGUUUUGUCGUAGGUGAUGACAGAAUUUGCAGAAACUAAUUUGCUUCUAUGCUAUUAUAUUCUUCUGUGCUGUCAUAAAUACCCUCUGUUCUCACUGACCUUGACAAUUAUGAAGUAACAGUGUUCCUGUAUUUGCUUAUUAAUUAUUCAUUAAUUAUUAAUGAUUAAUAAUCUAUCUAGGAAGUACAUAGCAUACGAUUUGCAUCACUGAAAUGUGGUUGUGCUACUGAGGCAAGAAGGUGUUUGCCUGUUGUUACACUCCUCUGUUGGCAAAUUUAGGAGUUCUUCAUUCUUUGCUGCCAUGUAGCACCGUUCUUUAAUCUCUGUCAGAAAGAAACCUUGUUUCUGUUGUCCUUCUUGCACCCUGUGCACUAAGGAGGAAUAGUCAAGGAAAAGCCUCUGUUUCUGUGCAAGUACUGUAGGGAAAGGCUAUAUUUGUCCUUUUGCCCUAAUAUUUUACAAUCAGAAUGAGAGAAGUGUAACAGGGCUGCUGUGGAGAAAACCUUCUGCAACAUGUAUGUAGGUGCAGGGUAUCCUUUAUGGAUCAAGGUCUUGAUCAUUUAUGAAGUAGUAUAUAGCUCCAACCUUCUGUCUUAGGGCUGAUGGUUAUGUGAGUCAGAGUCUACAAUAAAUGUCAACAUAAAAGAAAUCCCGUGGCUAUAAAUGUUUAUGCAUGUGUGCCUGGAUGUCUGCAUGUACAAAGUGUGUAGCAGAACUUGUAAUCUUGUCUUGAGUCACUUCAACUUGUUAGGACAAGACGGAUGUGUAAUCAAACAGAAGUUGUAAAUGUGGAGGAUGUAAAGCACAUAGCAGAUGCUCAGAGUGCUGAUACUCUUGUAAACUACGUCAAACUAUUUGACAAACAUAUGGGGUUACUAAGCCAAAAGCCUCUCAACUAUGCUACCAAGAUGUUACUUUUAUUAUAAAUAUAUGUAAUUUUGGUGUUGACAUCUCAUGUAUUUCAGUUGAAGGUGUAUAAUCAUUUAUGUAUUUUCAUCUGUAUUUUCAGAAUGAUUCUCAUAAAUACACUUAUUUCGUUAAACGUAUAAUAAAAUUGAUA